UAAGUACAUUUAUAUGGUCUCCAACUAUAUAAGCACAAAAGAUUCCCAUUAGUGUAGAGCACCUCUUUACCAACAACAACCUAAAAAGACAAAGUAUUCUCCUUUGUGUACACUCCAGCACUGCUGUUAACAGGAACACAACUGAGAUGCAGUGGUUCACAAUGAACAUGUUGUUGGACCCGACCUGACAUGUCACAUGAUUCAUUGGUAUUCAGCCAAUGACUAUUAUUAGUCAAGUUUUAUCUUCUACAGGUACACCUGGGAAGAGAACAUGUCUUUUUUUAAUAAAACAAAGUACUAAAUAAUGUUAUUUAAAUAUUUAAAAUACACAAAUACAAGCUCUGAAAUUAUUAUUUUUAUAAUAUUACAUUGUUAGAGUUCGGUUUGUAGUGGCAAAAAUCGUUAUAAGGAGGAAAGAUCACUGAGUCGUUGGAGUAUAAGCAAAAAAGGUUUAUUCCAAUUGCAAUUAGGAGAGCACAAGGUACAGUCAAAAAAGUCUGCACAGAGUGAAUCUGCAGACAGAGGGAGCUAACAGUUUUUAUAGAGUUACAAUACAUGUGUGUGUGUGUGUGUGUUGGUAAGGAGGCACAGUCUUACGACCUUGAGGACUUGAGAUAGCAGGCAUUCUGCGCAAGAACAAGAAGACAUGUUAUCUUACAGGAUGAAAAGGGCGGAUUGUGUUCACAUGAAAAUGAUAUAAAAUUAUGUGAAAGAGAUAUAAAGUUAUGUGAAAAUGUUUAUAAAGUUAUGUGAAAAUGUUCAGAAAGUUAUGUGAAAAGGCAUACGCAUGGCACUUUGUCAUAACAGGUUUUUUUUUGCAGAACAGAUGAGAAGAGAGUAAAAUCCUAUGGACUAUUUAUUUAAGACAAUAAUGAAAGAGAUAGCAUGUACAUGGACCUUCUCUGUUCAGAAAUCACAGGCUGCUAAGCAGUUAGCUGUAACCACCUCCGAGAAAAGGAUACCUAACUUACUUUUACACAGAGUUUGAUAAUGUGAAUGUGCGAUUAUCUGAUUGGUCAAAACUGUUGCGGCAGCACCAUGGUUUAAACUUUGACCUGCCCAUUUCGUUGGCACACAGGCUAGUAGUCCUAGCCUCUUGGUGUCACCGGUCACCGCCCUGUGGAAGGAAAAAGCUAACAGCACACUUCUGUAUCUUGUCUCGUGUUCGUCAGUGCCCAUCUCCACCUGGGCCUGUGGCCUUGAAUUGAAGCACAAAGAGUGCUUCUGUUUUUCAUCCGCUUGCCCUCAAAUAUGUGGUGAUGUGCAAAGCGUUAUCAGUAUAUCCUUUCUUUUGAUACUCCUUAUUUCUGUUUGCUGUGCCUGGCACAUACGAUCUGUUUAAUGCUUUGCUAAAUAUAUUUCUAAGCAGCAUUUUACUAAAGGUCAUAAUGCAGAUUAUUGCUAUUUUUUAUUAAUCUCUAACAACAUCUCAUUUAACCGGAAUGAAUAUUCAAAAGUAUUUAAAUAUAUAUUUUAACAUAGGCCUAUUCAUUUAAUUAAAAUACUGUCCAUCACUGGUUAUAGGCUCUUCAAAGCAUUGCAUCAAAAUAUCUGGACUGUUAUAAUGGUUGUAUAGAUGAAAGAGACAUCAACUGGCACAAAUUAUAUUAUAAUAUCACUUUUCAUAAUAAGAAACAAGUAUUAAUGUAGUGGUUAGCACUCUCGCCUCUCAGCAAGAGGGUCGACGGUUUGCCUCCCGCCUGCGGCUCUUCUGUGUGGAGUUUUCAUGUUCUCCCCGUGUCAGCGUGGGUUCUCACCGGGUACUCCGGCUUCCUCCCACAGUCCAAAAACAUGCACUUAUGUUUAAUUGGUGACUCUAAAUUGCCCCUAGGUGUGAAUGAGAGCGUGAAUGUCUGUAUUUAUAUGUCAGCCCUGUGAUAGUCUGGCAAUCUGUCCAGGGUGUACCCCGCCUCUCGCCCACUGACAGCUGGGAUUGGCUCCAGCCCCCCGCAACCCGAGUGCGGUUAAGCGGUUAGUGAUUUUGGAAUGGAUGAUUCAUGAUUUGCACUGAACAAUUAUCUCACAUAUAGAAACAUAGGCCUAUAGAAUCUCCUCUAUAUACUAUAGGUUACCCAUGUUAUACACAUGGUCACCCAAAAUAAAGACAUUGGAUUGUACCUUUUUUUCUCCUUUUUGCAUUAAUGUCAAAGCUUCAUUGUUAAUGUAGUACAGAUUCAAGACCAGGUCUCAUUAAUAGAAAAAUGCUUAACAAUUCUGAUCCCAGCUUUAAAAUAGUAUCAGGAGUCUACUUGAUGAUUCUAUUUUAUGCUACAUUAUACUUGUAUUCCACUACACAUUGGAGGACAACUGACAUUAUCUUUUUGAGACCUACUUUUAUUGAUGUUUUUCUUUUGAUGAAAAAAGUGUCUUGUCACUGCAACAUUUUUAUCUGUGUUGGAUUACGGAGGUCUUUUGUACAUGAAUGCUGCUCAGUGUCUUAGAAUGAUUGAUACUGUUUAUCAUGCUUCUUUGAGGUUCAUUACUAACUGUAAGAUGUCCACUCACCAUUGUGAUUAUACUCUCGGGUAGGAUGGCCUGCUCUGGCCACUCGAAGGGCUAGUCAUUGGUAUACUUUCAUUUAUAAGGCAAUAUUGGGACUGCUGCCUUCAUACAUUUGCACCUUAAUUACUCUGAGCAAUGCUGGAUCUUAUUCUCUUAGUUCACAAGAUCAAUUGUUGCUUUCUGUCCCUUAUGCUCGUACGGAGUUGGGUAAAAGGGAAUUUGUUUACUCUGCACAUUAUGCAUGGAAUAUGCUACAGAAAGACUGGAAACUAAGGUCUGUGUCUUAUGUAAAUAUGUAACUGUUUUGCGUUGUCAGGGUCCCCUUGCAAAAGAUGUUCUUAAUCUCAAUGGGAUAUUUCCUGGUUAAAUAAAGGUUAAAUUAAAAAAAAUUAACUAUCGGACUUCUAACUGCUGGUGGAAGAUAUUUUUUUCACUCGCAACUCACGUGUCGAAAGUGCGCCUCCGAAAUCCACUUGCUUCUGAAAGAAAACAUUGUUUACAUUUACUUUAAGGAACUGUGUGUUCCUAAUGUGCAGUGAGCUCGUAUACUGUUAUUCCAGAGUGGGAAGAUCUGAUCAGAAAUGACCGUGGAACUGAGCGGAGAGCAGCUGGAGAUGGCUGAGACCCGGCUGAGAAGAGCUUUACCUUGGUCACACCAGGUUUAUGGUUGUCUGGUCCUCAGAAACAGAGUCAGGUCAGACCCUGUGAGGGUUUUAGUGGACAGAUGGCCAGAGUUUAAUGUCAUUAUCUGCAAACCACAAUAUGAACAGGAGGCUGACCGCUUCAAAGACGUACUGGUUUUUGCCAGUGAUGAAGCUAUUCUCAAGGAGACCAUAAUGAAGUCCUCUGUUAUUGACUGGACCCAGUCCUUUUGUAUUGGAAUGUACCAUCACCACAUGGAGACAUUCAAAGCAGUCGCAUCAGAAAAAGACGUAUCCAGCAGAAAACUGGCAGUGUGUCACAUGAUGAGACUGGAGGAUGUAUCCAACCUUCCCUCUAUAGACAGCUCAGGGAUCUCUCUAAGCUCUCUGGAUGAAUCACACGUUGGCUUUGUCAAUCAGACAUGGAAGUUUGGAGACAAUGCAGCUGUCAGGAUGAUCCGGAACAUGCUCGCAAACUUCCCCUCCUGCUGCGUGCUGGACGCAGAAGGAAAGCCUGUGUCCUGGAUCCUGACCUAUGCGUCGUGUGCAAUGGGCAUGUUGCACACUUUACCAGAGCACAGAGGGAAAGGCUACGCUAAAGUCCUGGUCAGCACCAUGGCCAGGAGAUUCUUCACUGAGGGCUACCCAGUGUACUGCUUUGUAGAGGAGGAUAACGAGGUCUCCUACAAGCUCUUUAAAAACCUGGGCUUCAUUGAGGAUCCCUCAUACAGGGAGACAUGGUGUCAAAUCAAUGAUUUUUAAAUAUGUUAAAGAAG